UAAUUACCAGUAUUUUAACAACAACAUAAAGGUGAACGUGAUGAGUCUUUUCUCAAAACUUUCUAAUUUUUUAAGGCUUUUAUUAAAUAUCGUGUAAUUAUAUCAACUCAAAGGUGAUUGAAAACGAUUUUAUUCUUUAUUUAGGUGUUUACAAGUUGUAACAAAAGAUUUUCUAUUUUUACAUUUAUUGUGAUUUGAGCUAUAAACUAUAUCUUAUAAUGUAAAAACCUGGUAUAUUUGAGAUAAAUACUGUUAUUUGACAUUUGACAUUCUAACCUCUCCACUGCUUUCUUGUCAUAUGUUCAGAAUGUACAUAGAUAGUUGUUUAUCGUAAAAAAACGCCGUUAAGAAUAAUUUUGAGAUUAGGUUAGUGGUGCUAACUAAAAGAUUUUGCUAUGGUAAUCAAUAAAUCGACUUAAUUAGCUUACUCUUUAUCCUAUUGGUUAUGGGUAAGUACUCAAGUGAUUCAGAUUCUGACAAGAAAAGUACAAGAAGAUACAAGCGUAGCAACAGUAGGAGAUCAAGUUCCCCAGAUUCUGGUGAUAGAUAUCGUAGGAAGAAGGAUAAGAAAACUGAGAGGCACAGAUCAAAAAGUAGGGAUCGUUAUUCUAGAUCAAGACAUAGUAGAAGUUCUUCUUCUCAUAGAUCUCAUAAAUCCUUUCGACACCAACGCUCAAAUUCCCGGGAAAGAUCUUGUCAUAAAUCGAAAGAUCGACACAGUAGCUCUCGCUCAAAAGGGAGGUACUCAAGACGAUCGCGAUCUCGUUCGUAUAUUAAAGAAUAUGUGAGCAAACCAAAACAUAGAGCGAGCAGCAGUGAAUCAUCUUCAAGUGAUAGCUCAAAAAGUUCUUUGCGGGCGCCACAAAAAACGAAGGAGAAAAUUGUUGCAGUAACUCAAUGUACUGCUAUACUUCCUAAAGAAGAAGAUGAGCCAAUUAUUAUGGAUGAAAGAGUUUUGGAGGAGAUAAAUGAGGAUGGAUUUGAGCAAAAACAGUUUGUUUCUGGCGAAAAGAAAGUUCCAGAUAAUAUUCUUAUUGAUUUAAAGAAGCAAACUAUUAAGGUUCCAACAGUUGAACCUACAGAACCGGAUACCAUUUUUCAUCACAAUUUAUUUCUUAAUGAAGAAGCACGUCUAGAAAAGUGGGUAAAAGAACUUUAUUCAUUUCGCCAUAAAGCACUCUUAAAGUAAACUUUGAACAAAAUAUCAUGUGUCAUGUAAUUUCAUCUAUUGUCUUAAUAAUAUUCCUAGGAAUUAUAACCAGUUUUGUUUUCCGCGCCUACUUAAUGACAUCUCUUUCGGAUUUAACAGAUCAAUCUAAAUGUCCAUACUGUUACGGAAAAGAAUUUUGCAAAGAAGUAAACGAUGUUUCUUUGGAUAAUGGGUUUUUCGGUAAAAUAUUAAAUCUCUUUAACGCAAAAAAUGUUUAUUACGGUGAUUUAAAUAACAUAGACGUUGUGAUUAAAAAACUAGCUUCAAACGAUGAAUUAAAACAUUUUGAUAGUGCAUUGUGUAGUGUUUUCACCAACUCGGAAGAUUGCGAUUUGAAUCUCGUGACGGAUAAUCGAAAUUACGAGGAAAUUGUUUUGGAAAUUUUAAAAUAUCGUAAUACUACGCAUUCGUUUCAAGUCUGUACUCCUGAAACCGGUCAAGAUUUAUUUGGCGAUAUAUUAAAAUUGAGGAAAAACGUUGAUUAUAAUGAAUAUUUGACAAAUGUUUGGACUACAUUAGAAAUUAAUGUUGAACCUUUAAUACUGCAAUUAUUAGAAUCUGAGGAUAACUGGCCUUUUCCUAAAUAUUAUGGUUCUUGUGGACGUAUCAUUGUUGAAGAACAUAGAGGAAAAACCUUGUAUGAACAGGAUACAUUAGAAUGGAUGGAUAGGGCUUAUUUGGCAGUUCAGUUACUUUAUGCAGCUCAAAAUUUGACUGAUAAUCAUUCAAAAUAUCGAUUUUAUUUAACUGAUAUUUCAUCUGAUAAUAUUGCGGUUGAUGAUAAUUUACAGUUAACUUUUGUUGAUUUGGAAAAUUUGAUUAUUCAAAAAAAGUUUCAAUCAGGACUCGAUGAAGUACAUAAAAGUGAAAAUAUUCAUGAUAGUGACGGAUUUGCAUUUUCUACUCAAGAUAUAUGUCAACAUGAAAGAAGUGAUCAUAAUAUUUAUGCAAUAUGUUAUUUAAUCUUAAGUAAACAAGCUCCUUAUCCAAUGUCCAAAUAUGGGCUGUUAGUUUCUCCGCCAAGAUACAUCUUGAUUCAUUACCCGCAAUUAUUUGAUUUGAUUGAAGAAUGUGUUACCCCAAAAGUUAAAAAUCGUUUCUAUAUUGCUGAAGAAAUUCUGUAUUAUUUAAAUGAAAUUUUAAGAAACUCAAAAAUAAGUACCAGUUAAAGGAGAUCAGUUUUUCAUGUUAAAUGUGUGAGAUCGACCUUGCAUUUUGUAUUUUUAUAUAAAUAUGUAAUAAAAGGUUUUACUUAUUA